AUGCUGUGCGAGGAGUGCAAGGAUAAAAAUGUUUGUAUGGUAAAACCAUCGAACAAGGCAAAAUUAUGCAAGGAGUGUUUCAUUGAGUGCUUUGAAGAGGAGGUUCAUACAACUAUUUUGAAAAAAAAUAUGUUUGAAGAAAAUGACAAAAUUUGCAUUGCUGUGUCAGGUGGAAAAGAUUCGAGCGUUUUAGCGCAUGUACUUGUUCAUAUAAAAAAGAAAUAUAAUUAUAAAUGGACUUUAUUUUUGUUAGCUAUUGAUGAAGGGAUUAAAGGAUAUCGUGAUGACUCAUUAAAAGUUGUGUAUAAAUUAGAAAAACUAUACAAUAUACCAUUAAAAAUAUUAAAGUUCGAAGAUAUCUUUUUAUAUACUAUGGAUGAUGUGGUAAAUUUUAUUGGAAAGAAAAAUAAUUGUACAGUAUGUGGUGUCUUUAGAAGACAAGCCAUGGAAAAAGGAGCAUUACUUUUUAAUGCUACCAAAUUAGUAACAGGACAUAAUGCAGAUGAUUUGGCUGAAACUAUAUUAAUGAACAUGUGCAGGGGAGAUAUUGAUAAGCUAGCUAAAAAUAUAACUAGUUUUAACACUCCUUUUUUUUCACCUUUUAGUGGUAAUAUGGCUGUUCAUGAAAAACUGAACGUACAGGAGAGUUCGUUGAAUAAUAUUAAUGAGGAUGCAAAUGAAGAAAAUGGAAAAACAUUUACACAUUGUAUGGACAGAAUAUGUACAGAGAAAGAGGAAAAUACUGAAGGAGAGUGCAUUGCGGAUGGUAGAACGAAAAAGCGUUGUAAAGGUGGUGUUAGCGGAAGUAGUAGCAUAUAUAGAAGCAAUAGUAGCAGCUGUAGUCACAGCAGCGGACGUGAUACUUAUGCAAACACGGCUGAAGAGAUAUGCGAAAAGAGGAACGAUAUGAGGAGAGAAGAAUCGAGGGAGGAACCGAUAGAUAAAGCUCCUAAAAAGGAAAGGAUUUUCUUUCUUCCGCGACUAAAACCACUAAUGUGGUCAUACGAAAAAGAAAUUGUUUUGUAUGCUUUUCAUUUAAAGCUAGAUUACUUUAGCACAGAAUGCACUUACUCACCUAAUUCUUUCCGAGGAAAUUUGAGAAGCUUUAUUAAGGAUAUCGAAACUGUUAAUCCUCAAUUUAUACUGAACAUUAUUCACUCAUCUGAGUUUUUUUAUAUUCAUACUGAUAAAAAAAAAAAAAAAAAAUUGCUGCAAGUGUGUGUCAAGUGUGGAGUAUAUACCUCAAACCAAAUUUGCAAAGCGUGUCUUAUCGUCGAGGGGUUGAAGAACUACACUGAUAAUUCAUUCCUUUACGGGAACAAAAAGAACAGCAAGAAGAGGAUCUCUAUAAAGUACGAGGGGGGAGAGGCGUAG